AUGUAUAGAGCUAGACGUCGUCUAUUAGGCGGCGUGAUGCAGCAGCACACAAACAUGGUUGGAACAUUCUGGAUCCCGGGAGGUUUGCACUCGUUGGAUCUGCUGUGGCUGUGCGACUUCAAAGCUGUUCUUGUUGGAAACUCAAGGGGAAGGACGUUUGAUGAUGAUGCUGGUGGUGGAGCUCUGCGGUUGCCGCAGAUGAUCGUCCUACAUACCCCAUUUGCAAUUCAUUCAAGGUUUACGUUUCAGGUGGCCGUUAAAAUAAUGGAUAUGGACAAAAUAAAGGAGGAAUACGUCAUUAAAAAUCUUUAUAGGGAGGCUACGAUCAUGGCCAAGCUGAAUCAUCCCUGCAUUUCUGCCCUUUUUCAAACCAUGCAACGAUCGGAUAAUGUAUACUAUCUGGUUACGGAGCUGGUGUCUGGAGGCGACCUUUGCACAUUCAUCAAAUCUCAGCGUAAUGGAAAACUGGAAGAGAGGGCGACCAGAAUAUAUGCCAGACAGUUCGCGUCGGCCUUAUCUCAUAUGCAUAACUUGGGGGUGGUUCACAGAGACUUGAAAAUGGAGAACGUGAUUCUAAACUCGAUCCAGACGCAAAUCAAGAUCGUCGACUUCGGUCUGAGCAACAUCUGGACGCAGGAGACCAUGCUUCGGACUCACUGCGGCUCCCCGGAGUACGCAGCUCCGGAACUCUUUGUUACCGGCAAGAAGUACGGACCGGAGGUGGAUCUCUGGAGUCUCGGCAUAAUUCUGUACGGCAUGGUGGUGGGUCAAUUGCCGUUCGUGUGCGGCAAGAGCGAGAGCCUUUCAUCCCAGGAGCGCAGAAAGAAGCUGGUGCUGCUGAUAAAUCGAGGCCUUGUGAGCAAUCAGAAACGUGCUCUGGCUCCGUUUUCCAGCGAUUUUCGACAUCUGGUAAACACGCUGCUUAAUGCUGAUGCCGACAAGAGGCUCGGCGUCAAAGAGCUUAUUACUCAUCCGUGGAUAACGGAAAAGGGGAAGAAAUAUAUACGCACUAAUCCCCUUAAGCAUCUCGACAAACAAAUGCAGGCAAAGAUUAUUUCCGAGGUGUCCCUUUUGACAGACGUUAAUCCAGAAACAGUUGUGGAUUUAAUUAAAAGCGAACCGUUUGAUAAGGUAGCAGGAAUGUACCAUAUUUUAUCUCAUAGGCAUCGAUUAAACCAACUAAAUGGGGACGGAGUUACAAAAAAUCUAGGAUCCGAGAUUAUACUGAACUGUGAGCAUAGUUCACUAUAUUUCAAGGAAUUUCCAACUAGAGGCAGACCUUGCAGUGGUCAUCCAGACAACUGCCAAAUAGAAGAUAAGGAACUAAAAAAAUCUAAAAAACAGACUCAAAUGGACAUAAAUAGAAUACCGGAUUACAGGCAAAUAAAAUCUCCAACUUUAAGAAGGAAAGCAUACUCUGCUGCUUUGGAUAAAAAAUCAACGAGUAAUAGUAAUACCAAACCACGAGAAAACAAGCAUGCGUUACUUGAUUUAACCGAAAAUGGAGUCGAUGUGAAUGAUGUUAAGAAUAUUGUAUGUUCCCGUACAAAGAACCCACUGGGUUUUUAUGAUGGUAUAAAGUGUACAAAAGUUCAUAAAGAGGAUAAAUCCAAAAUUCCGAUUAUCAGGCAAACGCAAUCGGCAAAUGUAAAAAGUAAACCAAAAGCUAAAGAAAAGAUUACGAAGGAUGUCAAAAAAAUGCACUCCUUGGAUGAAGCUUUGGCGACCAAAGUAAAAAAAGUUGAAAAAUUUGAUUGUAACCUAAAAGUUCCUAAAAAAGAUGCGUUGUUUUCCAUUGAGGAUUAUGAAAGAGUAAAACUUAGAUCUCAAUUGGCUUCCGGCAAGAAAGCAUUUGUAAAAAAACAAACAAAAAAUGGUGGUUAA